AUGAUUUCAACUGCUGUUGCAUCAUCGAACACCAUUGGCCUGAAGUCGGUGACCUGGGAUAGAGUUCGUUUAGCUACAGCCAGUGACCAGGAUAUGCUUCUACUGAGUGAGAUCAUAGAAGGUGGAAUGCCACAGCACCGUCAUGAAGUACCAGAAUCUCUACGACAGUAUUUCCAGUACCGUGAAGGCUUGUCAACCACUGAUGGGGUUAUUCUGUACAAGGACCGUGUAGUUAUCCCGCAAUCACUCAGGAAGGAAGUUCUAGAUGCCUUACAUUCAGCUCACCAAGGUGUUACAUCCAUGAUAGCUCGAGCUGAGACAUCUGUGUUUUGGCCAGGAAUCACGCCUGACAUAAACAUUCUUCGUGCAGGAUGCCAACAAUGCAACCGCAAUGCACCGUCCAACCCGAGUGCUCCACCAGUUCCACCAAUGAGCCCUGAGUAUCCUUUCCAGUGCAUCUGUGCUGAUUACUUUACUUACAAAGGUAACCAUUACCUGGUGGUUGUGGACCGCUACUCAAACUGGCCCAUCGUAGAGCAGUCAGCCGUUGGAGCUCAAGGACUGUUAACUUGCCUCAGACGCAUCUUUGUUACAUACGGGAUACCUGAUGAACUUGCAUCUGACGGGGGACCAGAAUUCACAGCUACAGCUUCAAGGCAGUUCUUAAGUGACUGGGGUGUGCAUCAUAGAUUAUCCUCAGUAGCCUUCCCUCACAGCAACUGCAGAGCAGAGAUUGGAGUCAAGACAGUCAAACGCCUUCUAAUGGACAAUACUAGCUCUUCUGGCGACAUUGAUACAGACUCUUUCCAGCGAGCCAUGCUACAAUAUAGAAAUACACCAGACAGAGACACGAAGCUCUCCCCAGCUGUAUGCAUAUUUGGUCGACCAAUCAGAGAUUUCAUCCCAAUUCCACCUGGGAAAUACAAGCCUCACUUAACAUGGCAAAACACAUCCCUUGCCCGUGAAGAGGCAUUGCGCAACAGACAUAUGCAAUGUGCAGAAAGACUGUCGGAACAUACACAAAGACUACCUCCUCUUUCUGUUGGAGACCACGUUCGGAUGCAGAACCAAAUUGGCUCAUUCCCUCGCAAGUGGGAUAAGACAGGAGUAGUAAUUGAGGUGCGCCAGUUUGACCAGUACGUUGUGCGCAUUGAUGGUUCUAGACGUGUCACUCUGAGGAACAGGAAAUUUCUUCGCAAAUAUGUUCCAGUUCAGUUGCCGCCAAAGCGGCUUAGCAUAGACACUGACACUACGCUACAUCGACCAUCGUUUUCUGUUUCCCCUACUGUUACUACGGACACAACAGUGAAGCCUGGAUUAACAACUCCAACGAAAACGGUCACAGUGCCAGAACAAUCAUCCGGGCCUGCAUGCCCGCCUGCCAUGGAAGCCUCACACGAGACACCUACUUGCACCCAGGUACAAAGCCCAUGUCGUCAGCUCACAUACUCUGAACCAAGAACUCAAGAUGCCAUCUCACUGCCAGAUGUUGCCACAGGCCCACCUUGUGCUAAAGCAACCGUUGUUCCAUCGCCAACAGUUGAGUCUACUUCCACACCGCCACGACGUUCCAGCCGCAUAAGACAUGCCACAGAAUGGCAAAAAAGACUUUGUUUGUGA